AUGAUUAUUAUUAAAAAUCUUAAUCAUUAUUCUUUUUGUAUAUCAUAAUAGAUUUAUCAUCAGAAGCUAUGUUUUAAUAACCAAAAGUAAAUCUAUUAUCAAAUUUUAGAGAAUUCAUUGUGACAUUACAAAUUGAAAUUUGUUACUUGUAAAAAUUAGAGUAUUCCUAAAUGGACUCAAGGCAAUUUGAGGAUACCAGAUUAACAAAGGAAUAUUAUGAAAAUAAGGUGGUAUCACUGUAAACAGCCAAACGAUCACACAAAAUUAUGAGGUAUGGAUCACAACUAAUUUUUAGAUUUUGA